AUGCAACUUCAACAUGCAAUUGAUCAUAAUGAAGCUAGAACAAUUGAUAUAUAUAAAGAUGAAGUAUCUGCUAGAACAAUCACAAAUUGCUGGUUCUAUACAAAAAUUAUAUCUCUUCAUAAUGAAGACAGAAUGCUAGUUGUUGUGUUCCCUCCUGUUGCCUUACUUUCUCCAGUUGCCUUACCAUCUCCUGUACAUCAACAAUUUAAUGAUAAAGACCUUAUUAAAGCUGCUACAGAAAUCAAAUAUAUAGAAAAUGAAGUUGUUAUAGAACCCUUAACUGGAAAAGAACAGUUGGAUAUUUUGUGCAAUGUUUUGAGAAUCGUCGAUAAGAGAAUUGAUAAUAGUGGGGUAACAAUGAGGUCUUUGUGCAAGCUCCAAUUGUGUAUUCAUGAGGAGGUCUGA